AAACAAAUAAUAAAUAAAAAAGGCCUCUGCCAACGGCUAGCCCUUUCAAUUUGAAAGUCGAUGCGAGAUCGAAGCUUGUAAAACUUUCAAACCACAACCCUCGCACAUCAGCGCAUGUUCGCUCCUUCACUCCCUCUCUCUGUUCCUAGGGUUUCGCUCGCAUUCUUGAAGAUUUCUGCAGACGAUCACUGCUACUGAGUUCAGUACCUUCCGGGUUCUUUUCGAAAACUCUUACGAUUUCUAGGGUUUAGGGUUUCCAAGAUUGAUGAUGGAUCUUCCUCAAGAAAUUGAUGAUUACAUCAAAGAAUCGAUUGAGUACGCCCUGGGCCUCCCUGUUUCUGAGCACACAUUGAAGUUAAAGCUUCAUGCCUCCGAAGAGGCGCAAAAACGCCUUCGUGAUCAGUGUUUGCUUUUGCUCUCAAAAAUGAAGGAGAAAGACGAAGCAAUUGACAGAGCUAGGGCUGAAUCUAGCAUCAAUGCGCAAGCUUUGAAGAAGUUUGUUGAUGAAAAUCAGAAACUGGCUGCGGAGUGCACCAAUCUUUUGAGUCAGUGUUCAAAGUGGGAGAAGGAGUGCUCACUUUAUGAUCGUGAUCGAGAAGCAUUGAUGGAUUUUGGGAAUGAGGCUGAUGAGCGUGCAAAGGAGGCAGAGAUUCGUGUUCAGGAGUUGGAGGAGGAAGUCAGAAGGUUAUCAGAAGAAGUGCAGUUCUACAAGCAUGAAAAUGAGGUGCACAAGUGUGAUUCAUCUGCAGAGGGUACAUCUAUAGAACAACCACUACUUGAGUCAGUGAUAACCUCAUUAGUUAGUCAGGAUGAAUUUGCGCCAAAUGCACAUGCUUUUUUGGAGGCAAAUUGUGGGCUGGAAUCAUGCCAAAGAUUGCUGAAAACGUGGAAUUGUUUGAGGCCAUCAACUCAAAAAGUUAUAUCGCUGGCAGCUGAAAUAACUACUUUGCGGAAAGAAAAGGAACAUAUAAGGGUCAACCUUCACAGAGCUGAAGAGGAGGUGAAAUUAUUGUUCGAGGAAAACAGCGUACUGGAUGAGGAGAAUAAAAGGCUCCUGAGGCAAUACCACAAAGAAAGGAACCUUCUUGGUUCUUCUGGAAAACAUAACAGUGCUUCAGCCAAGAGCAACAAGCGAAAAUCCAGUCCCAAGAUGAGUAGCCCAAUUGAGAGGAAGAUUGAGUUCAGUGAUCUGGAUUCACCAAGACAUGCUUUGUCACCCUUGCAAUAUAACUCUCCCGACUCGAGAAUGCAAAAGAAACACUAAAGAGAAAAAAAAAAAAAAGAAAAAAAAAAGAAAGAAAAAACAUGGAUCUCUUUAGCUCUCCAUUUCUUCUUGGUGAUUCUUGUAUUCAGGAUGGUGUUACCAACAGACCAUACUGUUUAAAUUUUCUUGGAACCAGAUAGUUUGUUGUCUGUAAAAAGCUAGGCUUUUUGAAAGCCUUUUGAAGAAUGAACUUUUU